AUUCGCGGAAGUGGCAGGAGAGGCAACUCAAACGACGGAGAAGAGUUUGGUGUUUAUUCUCGGAUCAGAGAGGACGAACCGGUCCGAAGCCUUUUGAAAAUGUCGGAUUUUGACAACAACCCGUUCGCGGAGCCCGCCGGCGACAACCCGUUCAAUGACCCGUCGGUCACACAGGUGACCAGCUCCAACGUCGAACCGGUUGACCAGUACAACCCGUUCCCGGUGCAUCCCACAGACAGCCUGGCUACUCACACCACUCCAGCCUCCACCUCCCACUACCAGCCGGCGGUGUUACAGCCGUCCACAGACCCCAGUCCACAGGCGACUGCCUCUGCAGCUCAGGCCAAUCUGCUGAAGCAGCAGGAGGAGCUGGAGAGGAAAGCUGCCCAGCUCGACCGCAGAGAGCAGGAGCUCCAGAGCAGAGGCCCGUCAGGGAAACAGAACAACUGGCCUCCGCUUCCCAAGAGCUUCCCCAUCAAACCGUGUUUCUAUCAGGACUUCUCGGAGGAAAUCCCACCCGAGUCCCAGAGGGUCUGCAAGAUGAUCUACUACCUCUGGAUGUUCAACUGCAUGACUCUGUUCCUCAACCUGCUGGCGUGUUUGGCUCACUUCACCACCAACACGGCCUACGGCACGGACUUUGGCCUCUCCAUCCUGUGGCUCAUCCUCUUCGCGCCCUGCUCCUUCCUCUGCUGGUACCGGCCCGUCUACAAGGCCUUCAAGUCCGACAGCUCCUUCAGCUUCUUCUUCUUCUUCCUGGUGUUUUUCUGCCAAGUGGGGAUCUUCAUCAUCCAGGCCGUGGGCAUCCCCGGGUGGGGGAACAGCGGUUGGCUCUCCGCCUUCACCAUCUUCAGUACGAACAAGGCGGUGGGCGGCAUCAUGAUCAUCGUGGCCAUCCUCUUCACCAUCUGCGCCGUGCUGUCAGUCAUCCUGCUCAAGAUGGUCCACAGCAUGUACCGCCGGACCGGGGCCAGUUUCCAGAAGGCCCAGCAGGAGUUCUCGCAGGGCGUCUUAACCAAUAAAAGCUUCCAAACGGCUGCUUCCGGCGCGGCGUCCUCCGCCGCACAGGAAGCCUUCAGGGGACCCUAACUGACGGAAGACCGAGCCGAGCUCCGGUUAACCGGUCGUCAGAUCGGGACCACCAGGAGACGGGGGGGGGGGGGCUGUUUCGCGGAGUCACAGAGGAAAAACGCAACGAGUUCCCACUGACUCCCAUGACAACAGCCCUCCCCCGUCUUUUGGAGCCAGAGGCUGCACAUUUUAAUCUGGCCGUAUAAUAUGUUUAGACCUUGAGCUCAGGUGAGGCCACACGGUUAGCCUGCCUCCUAUCAGUGCAUGUGUAAAUCCCCCAAAAAAUGUUAACUUUGCUUCUCACGGACUCCGUUUGUGGAAAGCAGUCGAAAAGUCAUGCUGUGUGUGUGUGUGUGUGUGUGUGGUGAAAAGCAUGAAUGAAGUUCACUGAUGGCUAUUUCAGUUUGUCCCGGCUUUGUAUAUUUAAUGUGCACUUUUCUUCUUUGGCAAAGCCCGAUGUGUGUGUGUGUGUGUGUGUGUGUGUGUGGGCAUGCUGAUCACAUGUCUUCACAUGGGCGUAGUAUGCUUUUGUUUCCGUGAUCCUGUAAUAUAAAUAAGAUAAAGUGUUUCUGCUGAAUUCUUUUUUUUUUCCUGUCUUAAAAGUUAUUUCUUUUUUUUUUUUUACUGUUAAACCUUUUUUUUUCGCAAAAAAAAUCAGUCUAAUAUGAAAGAAAAUGAACAGAUGAAUCAUGCAGCUCAUUGUAAUGACUAUUACUGUAUUGUACAUUUUAAAUCUGUUUGGUUAAUUAUUCAAUAAGGACCCACACACACACCCCCAAAUCACUUUGAGAUUGUUCUACGUUUUUAAAACAUGUGCCUUUUGUCUGGAACCAACAUUUUUUUGUGAUCUUUUGCCAAGAGAUCCACAGAGGAAAUCAGAGUGUUUUUGCUUCCAUUAAUUUCCAGCUUGUAUACGGUCAAUUUAAUUGUCAACACAGAGAGAAGAUAAUUUGAUUUCACCCACGGCCAAAUUACUUCUUUUAAAGCAUCUGAUUUGUAGUUUCUCAUCAUACUCGUACUUUUGUUUACACUUUUGAGAGUCGUUUCCAUGGAAACCAAAGCAAUACUAUGACAAUUUUUUUUUUUUUGCUGAUUUCAAAGUAGACUUUUUUUCUUCUUUCUUUUUUUUUAAAGCGCACCAGCAUCACCUGCAUGCAGCUCAGGUGCAUUUCCAUUUGUUUUCCUCUCAUUAAAGACUUUCAAAAGUCUUCCUCUCCAGGACGACGACCUAGCUCUAAAUUAUUUGCGUACCGAUGUAUAUUUUCUACGUGAUUUCUUAAAUCGGAAAAAAAAACAUCCGCGCGUUUGUUUUAAAACUUCCUCUCGGGUGCGACACGCGUAACCUCCUUUUCAACCGCGUCACGUUCCUGCAGCAGAUAUCGGUUUAAUUUAAGGUUGUUUUUUUUGAUCUCGCAUCUUGUAUUGAUUCACACAUCGCUGUAUGCAUUGUUUUUGAGAGAAGAGAAUCUAGUGCCUUUUUUUUGUAUUUCAAUAUUAAAUAUUGCAUCUAAUAAAAAAUGCUUUGCUUUCAUUUAAA